AUGGCCGGCAUAGUCGGUAGCUUGCUCAACAACAUGACCAAAGCAGGUGAACCUGUAGCGACGAGCGUCGUGGCUAUCAUGAUUGUGACAUCCGCCUCCCUCCUCUGGUGCCUCUCCUCCUGGUCCGGCUGCUCCCGUCGCCACUUUCCCUACAAAGUCACCAUCGUCACCGACGUACUCUUCCUCAUCCCCUUUGGCGUUUUCUCGGUCCUCCUCGGUCUUCCUAUGCACGACGGCGGUACGAUGUGUCCCCAAGUCAGUCCGAACAACGCAUUCACCAUUCGAACAGGCCCGCUAGGUGCCAUCGACUUCUCUGGCGAACGAACCGGUCGUGUGGCGUGUGCGAAGCUCUACCUCCUCUGGGUCCUUUUGCUGGUCGUCUGCGCGUGUUUUGUCCUGAGCGCUGGCUCGGUCGGGGUUAUCCACUCUCAAGCGACAAAAAUUAGCAGAGCACUUUGGAGCGCUAGGGCGAUGGGUGAUCCGAUGGGCGGCAGUGAUUAUCGCCGUUCGCCGUCAGAGAUCACUGUGGCUCGAUUGAGGGAGGCUUUUCAUGGAUUUGAGCGGCAGUUACACGAAGAGCCGAGGGUGCACGUUAGCACACGAAGUCUUGAUUCUGGUGAAGCUGCCAAUGAAGAUGAUGAUAAUCAUGAUGAUGAUGACAGGAGAGGUGGUGGUGAUCCGGACCUCCUCCGCGCGCAAGUCGGUAUGAUUGCACCCCGAGAGUCGAGAGUUCGCUUGGAUACCGUGACGAGUACGGCGCUUCUUCUUCAAGUUCUCAAGAACGCUCACUCGGUAACAACGCAAUGCUUCAAGCCCAAGGAGAAGGGAACGGCCCAUUAA